AUGGCAAAAGAGCAAACUGCGCAUGCGCCAACAGUGCAAGGCCCAAGUCAACCACUUUUCUUCGUCAAUGACACCGAGUCGACCAAAGCGAAACGCUCAUUCGUGAUGAAAUGUUACAAUCAAAAGAAGCAGCGAAACAAAGUUGAGGACCUGUAUUCUGAUCGCUCUCGAUAUCUCGGAUGGCGGAAAAUUUCAGAUGAGAGCAUGUCAGGAAAACCGGAACUGAAUACUAUCUCUUUUUAUGAAGGACGCAGCGACGGGCCUUUAGAGCCACCUUUACACAUCUUAGCCAACUCGCCCGACGCUGUUGGACUGAAGAAUGACAUCCAUUUCUUCCUUACAUAUCGCCAGGAGAGCGUGACAUUUCGCCAUUACUUCAUGAAAGUGUACGCGGGGACCUUCUUCCGGGAUGAAAUCAUCACACAUGCUCUCGCAUACGAACCGUUGAUGUGUGCUGUUGUCAGCUUUGCAGCUUACCAUUACUCCUUGCAUCAUCCCAACUGCGAAUCCUACACCUUUCUUGAAUACUAUAACCGGUCUAUUUCAGGGUUGUUGAAGUCAUUUCAGUCAGGCGAGCAACACACUGAUGCCAUGUUAUUGACAAUUCUGCAGCUUACAGCAGUUGAGGAAUACCUUGGAAGCUGGGUGAAUCUAGUCAAACAUCAUCAAGCAGCUCGACAAGUGCUCCUUGAACAUUACAGCCCUGAAACAGUGAAUCAGGACCACUUUCAUCGCCAUAUAUUUAUGUGGUAUUCGCGGUUUGAUGUGUUGGUACGCCGCUCUGGCAAUGAAAAAAUCUUGGGCUGCGAGUGGUACUUGACGACUGAGAAGUGUGCUGUGGAUGAAGCCGUUAUGUUCCCGGAUGAUCUGGGUAGGCAGAUCUGGGCUUUUACUGCGCGAAAUAGAAGAUAUGCGAUGGAUAUGGCUUCCCUCUAUGCCAAAACACGACAAGGACUCAUUGCCACGGAUGAAUUUAUAACAGAGAACCAAAAACUUCUCGCGGCUCUUCAUGAUCUGCAGCACGCCUUAAAACCAAUACAAAACCCCCAGUAUCUUAUCACGUCAUAUCCCCACAGAAAGCCUCCCGGACCAGAUGAUAUAGUGGAUCCUUAUGUACCAGGAGUCCUCUACGGCGAGCCACUUUGGGAGGUGAAUUCCUGUGCUGUUGACAUCAUUGGUACCAAGCUUUUGCAUAAAUAUCAAACCGGGAUCCUUCUGCAAAAAAUUGAUCGCUUGGAACUGAGAGAUGCCGCUUUAGAACUCUGCCAAUUAAUGGAAACAAUGGAGAGAUUGCCCGCGCGGCCGAGGGAGGUUGCUCUUUUAUUCCAGGACACUCUGACUGUUGUGGCGCUGUCUCUUCCUUGA